ACCACUUAGCUACAGCCAACCGCCCAAUGCAGCACUCGCUCGCUCCCCCCGCCAGCGGAAGCGCCCGCGGAGCACAAUGCAGCGCUGAGGCAGCGCCACGGUGAAGGCUGCAGCGCCGCGGCAUCCGCAGCGCCGGCCGGGGUUGGGAGGGGGCGGCCGCGGGGACCCGCGAGGCGCGGAGCCAGGGAGCCGCACUCGGACUCGGCCGCCGGGCAUGAGGAGCUGAGCGCCUCGGGCGAGGCGGGCUGACCGCAGCACCAUGCAGGCAUCGGCGGCUGCGUCCGUGCCCUUCUUGCUGCUCUGCGCCCUGGGGACCUGCCCCACGGCGCGCUGCGGCCGGGCAGGAGACACCUCACUGACCAAGCUGGAGAAGAGGAACGAAAACCGCUUCCUGGAGCGCCAGAGCAUCGUGCCCCUGCGCCUCAUCUACCGCUCGGGUGGCGAAGACGAAACUCGGCGCGACGCGCUGGACACCCGAGUGCGGGGCGACCCGGGCGGCCGGCAGUUGACUCACGUUGACCAGGCAAGCUUCCAGGUUGAUGCGUUUGGAACUUCAUUUGUUCUUGAUGUCGUGCUAAACCAUGAUUUGCUAUCUUCUGAAUAUGUAGAGAGACAUAUUGAACAUGGAGGCAAAAUUGUGGAAGUUAAAGGAGGAGAGCACUGUUAUUACCAGGGCCAUAUCCGAGGAAAUCCUGCCUCGUUUGUUGCAUUAUCAACAUGCCAUGGACUUCAUGGGAUGUUCUAUGAUGGGAACCACACAUAUCUCAUUGAGCCAGAAGAAAAUGACACUUCUCAGGAGGAUUUCCAUUUUCAUUCAGUUUACAAAUCCAGACUGUUUGAAUUUCCCUUGGAUGAUCUUCCAUCUGAAUUCCAACAAGUAAACAUCACUUCACCAAAAUUCAUUUUGAAGCCAAGACUAAAAAGGAGUAAACGACAGCUUCGGCGAUAUCCUCGUAAUGUAGAAGAAGAAACCAAAUACAUCGAGCUGAUGAUUGUGAAUGACCAUCUCAUGUUUAAAAAACAUCGGCUUUCCGUUGUACAUACUAAUACCUAUGCAAAAUCUGUGGUGAACAUGGCAGAUGUAAUAUAUAAAGACCAACUUAAGACCAGGAUAGUAUUGGUUGCCAUGGAAACCUGGGCGGCUGACAACAAGUUUGCUAUAUCUGAAAAUCCAUUGAUCACCUUACGUGAGUUUAUGAAAUACAGGAGGGAUUUUAUCAAAGAGAAAAGUGAUGCAGUUCACCUUUUUUCGGGAAGUCAAUUUGAGAGUAGCCGGAGCGGGGCAGCUUAUAUUGGUGGGAUUUGCUCGUUGCUGAAAGGAGGAGGCGUGAAUGAAUUUGGGAAAACUGAUUUAAUGGCAGUUACACUUGCCCAGUCAUUAGCCCAUAAUAUUGGUAUUAUCUCGGACAAAAGAAAGCUAGCAAGUGGUGAAUGUAAAUGUGAGGACACGUGGUCUGGAUGCAUAAUGGGGGACACCGGCUAUUAUCUUCCUAAAAAGUUCACCCAGUGUAAUGUUGAAGAGUAUCAUGACUUCCUGAAUAGUGGAGGUGGUGCCUGCCUUUUCAACAAACCUUCUAAGCUUCUGGAUCCCCCUGAGUGUGGCAAUGGCUUCAUUGAAACAGGAGAGGAGUGUGACUGUGGGACCCCUGCUGAAUGUGUCCUUGAAGGAGCAGAGUGUUGUAAGAAAUGCACCCUGACCCAGGACUCUCAGUGCAGUGAUGGUCUUUGCUGUAAAAAGUGCAAGUUUCAGCCCAUGGGCACUGUGUGCCGAGAAGCAGUAAAUGAUUGCGAUAUUCGUGAAACAUGUUCAGGAAAUUCAAGCCAGUGUGCCCCUAAUAUUCAUAAAAUGGAUGGAUAUUCUUGUGAUGGUGUUCAGGGAAUUUGCUUUGGAGGAAGAUGCAAAACCAGGGAUAGACAAUGCAAAUACAUCUGGGGGCAAAAGGUGACAGCCUCAGACAAAUAUUGCUAUGAGAAACUGAAUAUCGAAGGGACGGAGAAGGGCAACUGUGGGAAAGACAAAGACACCUGGAUACAGUGCAACAAACGGGAUGUGCUAUGUGGUUACCUUUUAUGUACCAAUAUUGGUAAUAUCCCAAGGCUUGGAGAACUCGAUGGUGAAAUCACAUCUACUUUAGUUGUGCAGCAGGGAAGAACAUUAAACUGCAGUGGCGGGCAUGUUAGGCUUGAAGAAGAUGUAGAUCUUGGCUAUGUGGAAGAUGGGACACCGUGUGGUCCCCACAUGAUGUGUUUAGAACACAGGUGUCUCCCUGUGGCUUCCUUCAACUUCAGUACUUGUUUAAGCAGCAAAGAAGGCACUAUUUGUUCAGGAAAUGGAGUUUGCAGUAACGAGCUGAAGUGUGUGUGUAACAGACACUGGAUAGGUGCUGACUGCAACACUUACUUUCCUCACAAUGAUGAUGAAAAGACUGGCAUCACUCUGUCUGGAAAUGGUGUUGCUGGCACCAACAUUAUAAUAGGCAUAAUUGCUGGCACCAUUUUAGUGCUGGCCCUCAUAUUAGGAAUAACGGCGUGGGGUUAUAAAAACUAUCGGGAACAGAGACAGUUACCCCAGGGAGAUUAUGUAAAAAAGCCUGGAGAUGGUGACUCUUUUUAUAGCGACAUUCCUCCUGGAGUCAGCACAAACUCAGCAUCUAGUUCUAAGAAGAGGUCAAAUGGGCUCUCUCAUUCUUGGAGUGAAAGGAUUCCAGACACAAAACAUAUUUCAGACAUCUGUGAAAAUGGGAGACCUCGAAGUAACUCUUGGCAAGGUAACAUGGGAGGCAACAGAAAGAAAAUCAGAGGGAAAAGAUUUAGACCUCGGUCUAAUUCAACUGAGCAAGUUAAGCCACAUAGGCAGAUUUACCACAGUUUGAUAAAAUCCCAUCACUCCAGCCACUAUGACCUUGAGAUGUUAGGAAGCCCAGUGUGAAGACUCUUUCAUGCACAGAUGCCCAGAAGGAGCAAACAAUUGAGAGCUCUCUCCGGUGACCCCUGGUGAAGUGAUCACAGCCUUCUGAAGUGCUCCCUGAAAUGAAGGAAAGAGCCCGUCAAGUACAAGUCAAGCCAUGUGGUUGUAGCUUUCAUGGAUCAGCCGUGGCACCAGUCUACUGUGUUUAAGAUUGUCAGGGAAAGGAACAAAUGUCUCCUGCUGGAAGUGGCCGUCUGCCUGCGGGUGACUCAGUUUGCUGUGUGGCUAUGUUUCACCUAAUUACAGCUGCAUGGGCUUCUUCUACAGUUCUCCCCAGGCCAGAGCGUUCGCUGGCCUUCAUCUGUGGCUGCAUUUGCUUUUUGACUUUUUGUUCAGAGUUGCAGUGGAAAUCUUUAUGCAGGUUUUAAUUGGCUAUCUGUGAAAGCACAAGUUGGCAAUGAUUGUGGCUAAAGGCAAAACUAGUGUUGAGUUGUUUCUGAGUCAGGCAACAUCUAUUGUCUUAGCCAAAUGGUCUUAUAAACAUAAAAAGCUACUAAAUUUGUCUUUCAGGAAGGAAUUUCAUGAUAUUAUUUUGUAGAGUAUGUUGGUUAUGACUGAAAAAUGAGGGAGAAAAUAAUCUGGAAAUGGAAAUGUAGUUUUGAUUUAAAUGUAUUUAUGAAUAGGUUGAAAACUAAACAUAGAGAAAAGCAAACUUUAGCCAAAACCAAAUAAUGUAUUUUGUAUUUUUCCCUGUUUGUUUUCAAAUAAGUUUUAAAGAGCUUGUAUUCUCUUAGAAGUUGCUUUUUAAAUGGGAAAACCCAGGACGACAUCUAAAUUCUUCCAGUACUUGCAUUUGUUAAAUCUGUACUAUUUUAUAAGGGGAUGUGUUUUUUAUCUGGCUCCCAGGGUCAAAAAUCAAGGGAAACUCUGGGGAAAAAACAACUUGCACCUCCAAUUUUACUGCCUUUAAUAUUUGCACUGUAAUUCUGAUGGAGACUUGGCCAGAUCCAUCCGGGAAAUGCUCACUAAGGUCAUUGUUAUUCUCUGGCAGUCAUUCACACAAUUCACAAUGAGACACUUGGAAGGCAACUUCUGAGAGCCUUUUCCUAAUGAAAAUGUGAAUACUUUAUUCUGGAGUGAACAAAGAGAAGGAAGGAACAUUGCAGCUGCAACUAAAUUACUAAACCCAAUUUUGAGAUCCUGGAGGCCUAUUUGGAACACACUUAGCAUGCCUUGAGGCUCCAGGAUCAGAAGAGUGGGAACCUUUCUGCUCCUUACAGAGCCCACUGGAGCGUACUUUCUUGUUGACUCCAGCUUGGGAUCCACAUCAGGGGUAAGACGGGUGCCAUGUGAAAGCCUUCUCUUACUAGAAAGAGAACUUUGCUCCUUUUAAUAGUUCUUAGGAAAUUAUAUGCCCAAAUGCCAGCUUGGAAUUGAAGCAUCUGAAUCUUUUCAAAAAAGUAACAUUAUCAUUUAAAAACCAAGGAGCCAAAUGAGAGGGGACAUGGAAAAAGCCACUUUGGAGGUGGGUGAAGGGAUGCUGACAGUGCUGUGAUUGAAAGGGAGUUUCUGGUUCACUUUGGGAAGCCACUGGAAAAGGCUUCUCCAGAAAUGUUGAAUAAGUUGUAGAAUGCCUUGAGCCUUGUUGCAGCCAAGAUUACUUUCAUGUCAUAUAGACAACCUCAUAAUCACCCAACAUCCAUCCUGGUUUAUUUGCCAUGGUCACUUGCAUUUGGAGGGUGAAGACAUCCUUGCUAAGCUUGUGCUGUGUAUUUUCAGAUUUUCUAUCUUGUUCU